GGCGGCGGCGGCUGUGGCUCCUCCGGGCGUGGUGUGGCGUGGCGGCGGCCGAGGGGAUGCUGCUCAAGCUCUUGCAGAGACAGACCUAUACCUGCCUGUCCCACAGGUAUGGGCUGUACGUCUGUUUCGUGGGCGUCGUUGUCACCAUCGUCUCCGCCUUCCAGUUCGGAGAGGUGGUUCUGGAAUGGAGCCGGGAUCAAUACCACGUUUUGUUUGAUUCCUAUAGAGACAAUAUUGCUGGAAAAUCCUUUCAGAGUCGGCUCUGUCUGCCCAUGCCGAUCGAUGUGGUUUACACCUGGGUGAACGGGACAGAUCUUGAACUACUGAAGGAACUGCAGCAGGUCAGAGAGCAGAUGGAGGAGGAGCAGAAAGCAAUGAGAGAACUCCUUGGGAAGAACACAACAGAACCAACUAAAAAGAGUGAGAAGCAGUUGGAAUGUUUGCUGACACACUGCAUUAAGGUGCCAAUGCUUGUCCUGGAUCCAGCCCUGCCAGCCAACAGCACCCUGAAGGACCUGCCAUCUCUUUAUCCUUCUUUCCAUUCUGCCAGUGACAUCUUUAAUGUUGCAAAACCAAAAAACCCUUCUACUAAUGUCUCAGUUGUUGUUUUCGACAGUACUAAGGAUGUUGAAGAUGCCUACACUGGACUGGCUAAAGGAAACAGCAAACAAACAGUUUGGAGGGGCUACUUGACAACAGAUAAAGAAGUUCCUGGAUUAGUACUGAUGCAAGAUUUAGCUUUCCUAAGUGGAUUUCCUCCGACAUUCAAGGAAACAAGUCAACUAAAAACAAAAUUGCCAGAAAAUCUGUCUUCUAAAAUAAAAUUGUUGCAGUUGUAUUCAGAGGCCAGUGUAGCACUCCUAAAAUUGAAUAACCCCAAGGAUUUCCAAGAAUUGAAUAAGCAAACCAAGAAGAACAUGACCAUUGAUGGAAAAGAACUGACCAUAAGUCCUGCAUACCUGUUAUGGGAUCUGAGCGCCAUCAGCCAGUCCAAGCAGGAUGAAGACAUUUCUGCCAGCCGUUUUGAAGAUAAUGAAGAGCUGAGAUACUCACUGCGCUCUAUUGAGAGGCAUGCACCAUGGGUUCGAAAUAUUUUCAUUGUCACCAAUGGACAGAUUCCAUCCUGGCUGAACCUUGACAAUCCCCGAGUGACAAUAGUAACACACCAGGAUGUUUUUCGAAAUGUGAGUCACUUGCCUACCUUUAGCUCACCUGCAAUAGAAAGUCACAUACAUCGUAUUGAAGGCCUAUCUCAGAAGUUUAUUUACUUAAAUGAUGAUGUGAUGUUUGGGAAGGAUGUCUGGCCAGAUGAUUUUUACAGUCACUCCAAAGGUCAGAAGGUUUAUUUGACAUGGCCUGUACCCAACUGUGCUGAGGGCUGCCCGGGUUCCUGGAUUAAAGAUGGCUAUUGUGACAAGGCUUGUAAUAAUUCAGCCUGUGAUUGGGACGGUGGGGAUUGCUCUGGUAACAGUGGAGGGCAUCGCUACGCUGCAGGAGGUGGGGGUACCGGGAGCCUUGGAGUUGGACAGCCCUGGCAGUUUGGUGGAGGAAUAAACAGUAUUUCUUACUGUAAUCAAGGAUGUGCAAAUUCCUGGCUCGCUGAUAAGUUCUGCGACCAAGCCUGCAAUGUGUUGUCCUGUGGAUUUGAUGCUGGAGACUGUGGGCAAGAUCAUUUUCAUGAAUUGUAUAAAGUAACUCUUCUCCCAAACCAGACUCACUAUGUUCUUCCAAAAGGUGAAUACUUGCCUUAUUUCAGCUUUGCAGAAAUAGCCAAAAGAGGAGUUGAAGGUGCCUACAGUGACAAUCCAGUAAUCCGACAUGCAUCUAUUGCCAAUAAGUGGAAAACCAUCCAUCUCAUAAUGCACAGUGGAAUGAAUGCAACCACAAUACAUUUUAAUCUCACAUUUCAAAAUGCACGUGACGAAGAAUUCAAAAUCCAGCUAACAGUAGAGGUGGAUACAAGGGAGGGACCAAAAUUGAAUUCUACAACCCAGAAGUCUUAUGAGAACUUGGUUAGCCCUGUAACUCUUCUUCCAGAGGCAGAAGUCCUUUUUGAGGAUAUCCCAGAAGAGAAACGCUUCCCAAAGGUCAAGAGAGAUGAUCGUAACACAACAGAGAGAGUCCAAGAGGAGGUGAAAAUUCCUCUGGUAAAUAUUUCUCUCCUUCCAAAAGAGAUCCAGCUGAAGCUCAAUCACCUGGAUUUGCAACUGGAACAUGGAGACCUCACUUUGAAAGGCUACAAUUUGUCUAAGUCAGCCUUGCUGAGAUCCUUUCUGAUGAACUCACAGGAUGCUAAAGUAAAAAUAAACCCAACCAUUACAGAUAAAACAAAUGACAGUGUAGAAGCUCCACCACCGACUAAACAGAGUCGUGAAAGUAUCUUGCCAAACAGCUUGAGGGUAUCACAGCAAUUACAGAGGUCAGCUUUUCCAGCAAAUGGUCACUACCAGAGUCAGAAUCCAUCCCUGGUCUUGGGGACCAAAGGGAGAUUUAGGUCAGAAACUCAGACCCACAAAGUAGUAGGCAGGAGUUUAAACCUCCCAUCUCUCGUUGUUCCACUGGAAAACCAUGAGACGGAAGAAAAAAUCACAGGGGAAGAAGAAGAGACAAACAGAAUGAAAGAAAGAACUAAAAAUCACAUAGGUGCCAAUGAAGUGUUACCUGGAAGAAAGCUGCAGCAUUAUACAGAAAGUUACCCAGGCUUUUUGCCAUGGGAGAAAAGAAAGUUCUUCCAAGAUCUUCUCAAUGAAGAAGAGUCAUUGAAGACACAGUUGGCAUACUUUACUGAUAGCAAAUAUACUGGGCGGCAACUACAAGACACGUUUGCAGAUUCUCUCCGAUAUGUAAAUAAGAUUCUAAAUAGCAAGUUUGGAUUCACAUCUCGGAAAGUCCCUGCACACAUGCCUCACAUGAUUGACCGAAUUGUUAUGCAAGAACUGCAGGAUAUGUUCCCUGAAGAAUUCGACAAGACAUCAUUUCACAAAGUGCGCCACUCUGAGGAUAUGCAGUUUGCCUUCUCUUAUUUUUAUUAUCUCAUGAGUGCUGUUCAACCCCUGAAUAUAUCUCAAGUCUUUGAUGAAGUUGAUACAGACCAAUCUGGUGUCUUAUCUGACAGAGAAAUCCGAACACUGGCUACCAGGAUUCAUGACCUACCUUUAAGUUUGCAGGACUUGACAAGUUUGGAACACAUGUUAAUAAAUUGCUCAAAAAUGCUUCCUGCUAAUAUCACUCAACUAAACAAUAUUCCACCAACUCAAGAAGCAUACUAUGAUCCCAAUCUGCCACCAGUCACUAAAAGUCUAGUAACCAACUGUAAACCAGUAACUGACAAAAUCCACAAAGCAUAUAAGGACAAAAACAAAUAUAGGUUUGAAAUCAUGGGAGAAGAAGAAAUUGCUUUUAAAAUGAUUCGUACCAAUGUUUCUCAUGUGGUUGGCCAGUUGGAUGACAUAAGAAAAAACCCCAGGAAGUUUGUUUGCCUGAAUGACAACAUUGACCACAAUCAUAAAGAUGCCCAGACCGUGAAGGCUGUUCUCAGGGACUUCUAUGAGUCCAUGUUUCCCAUACCUUCCCAGUUUGAGCUUCCCAGAGAGUAUCGAAACCGUUUCCUUCAUAUGCAUGAGCUACAGGAAUGGAGGGCAUAUCGAGACAGAUUGAAGUUCUGGACCCACUGUGUACUAGCAACAUUGAUUAUAUUUACUAUAUUCUCAUUUUUUGCUGAACAAUUAAUUGCACUUAAGCGGAAGAUAUUUCCCAGAAGACGGAUACACAAAGAAACUAGUCCUGAUCGAAUCAGGGUAUAGAAGAUCUUCCCUUGAAAAUCAUCUACCUCAGCAUUUACUGAGUAUUUUAAAACUCGGCAUCACAGAGGUGACUUUGUGAUGCGAAGCUUAGCCAGCUUGGCCUGAAGAAGGGUAAACACAGAACCCUACAGUCCAGUGGCGGGUGUACUGCCCACUGCCCAGGAAUUAAUAACCAGCCCACUACAAACUGGUGUGUUGAGCAACUCUGAAGUGUUUUACUUUUACAGCAUUUGCUCUUGACCUUUCAUCCUUUUUAUAAAAAGGCUCACUGGUGGGAGACAGCUGCCAAUUUCCCACAGCAACUCUUGCAAACUAACUGUAACAUGAGAGGCCUAGGCCAGCUUGAGAGGGAGUGCUGAGAAACGCCAGUCUUUGCAUUCCAGAGCUUUUUUGCUAUAGUUUUGUGCUUUUUAUUUUCUUCUUUUCCAUUUUUCAAAUAAGUAGCUACUAAGUUAACUACAUAUUCUUGCUUCUGAACAGGAGAGUCUAAACAUGUUUUUUAGAUGUUAUUUAAGUAAUACAAUAAUAUCACCUCCUGUUGGCAAUAUCUGAAUCACAAACUUUAUUAAAGUUUAGACUGUAAGUAGUCUUAAACCACUGGCAACUACUGAAGAACUCCAUGAUUCUUAUCUAAAAUACUUUGUGCUUGUUUACUUCAGCCCCUAUAAUACUGUGAUUUCGCUUGCAGGCCUAAUUUCAAAGGGCUAGAGUUAAGUAGCAGUGCUACUUACCAGAUGUAAUUAUGUUUUGGAAAUGUACAUAUUCAAACAGAAGUGCCUCAUUUUAGAAAUGAGUAGUGCUGAUGGCAUUGGCACAUUACAGUGGUGUCUUAUUUAAUACUUCUAUAUUCCAGUAGCUUUCUCUCACAGUUUCUUAUAGAACAGGGGUCAACAAACUUUUCCUGUAAAAGGCCAGAUAGUAAAUUAUUGCAGGCGUCAAGUGUCUUUGUCACAUAAUCUUCUAUGUUUAGUUUUUUGUUUUUUGAAUAAUCCUUCAAAAGGUAUAAAACCCAUGUCUAGCUUACAGCUCUGUAAGAAAACAGGCCAGCAGCCGGAUUUGACCCACAACCAUCGCUAUGUGACGACUGAGAGUGUUUUUAUGUAUGGGUGAACCCUCACAUUAGCCAUAUUUUGUUAAAUCAUUAUACAGCAGAUUUGUGGACACCACGGUCCAGGAGUCCUUUUUGAACUCUUGAUAUUUUAGAUCAGGAUCUCGCAGUGUUCUCAAAUGGCACACAUAUUUUGUAAAAAGACAUUGAAAUGUAAAUAUUGUGUUUGUGCUGUACCAGUUAUGUAUUUGAAAAACUGAAGUGUCAUAAAAGUUUAA